CUGCUGUCUGGGUGCUGGUCCUCACUUUCCGGGAAAGUGGUUUUGGAAGAGCUGGAAAGGUGUCCUCCCUGACAAUGCUGGCGCUGCUGUGUUCCUGCCUGCUCCUGGUGGCCCGCGUCUCCACGGAUACGGACGCGGUGGAGCCCAGCUCCAACACCGCAGAGCAAAUCCGAGACAUGCACGUCAAAGUGACCGAGAUCUGGAAGGAGCUCACGCAGCCGGGGGCGACCGAAUGCAAGACGGGAGCCGCGCUCCACGCCACCUGCAGCGUACAGCCAUCCGCCUCGCUAAACGCCGAGCAGCCCCGGGUCACUGGCCUCGUCCUCUUCCGGCAGCUCGCGCCCGGCGUCAAGCUUGAGGCCUUCUUCGACCUGAAAGGCUUCCCCACCGAGCACAACGGCUCGAGCCGCGCCAUCCACGUGCACCAGUUCGGGGACGUGAGCCAGGGCUGCGAGGCCACCGGGCCCCACUACAACCCGCUGGGCGUGCCGCAUCCGCAGCACCCGGGCGACUUCGGCAACUUCGUGGUCCGCGACGGCCGCGUCUGGAAGCACCGCCCGGGCCUCGCUGCCUCGCUCAUCGGUCCCCAUUCGAUCGUGGGCCGCGCCCUGGUGGUCCAUGCGCUCGAGGAUGACCUGGGCCGUGGUGGCAACCAGGCCAGCGUGGAGAAUGGCAACGCGGGCCGCCGACUGGCUUGCUGCGUGGUAGGCGUGUGCGGGCCCGACCCGUGGGCGCGUCAGAUGCAGGAGCACAACGAGCGCAAGAAGCGGCGGCGCGAGAGCGAGUGCAAGGCUGCCUGA